AUGUGUGAUAAUUUCAAAAGUAAUUGUAGACCGAGAUUAAUAGAUGAUUCUGCCGAUUUAAAACCAUUGGAUUUGUCGGUAAGGAGUGCUUUGACGUCGCGUCAUGUCAAAUCAAAAAAACCAUACAAAUUGUUUUGCGAGGUUUGCGCAAAGGGUUUUGAUCGGCCGUCGCUUUUAAAAAGGCACGUAAGAACCCAUACAGGAGAACGUCCUCACGCUUGCGCCCAGUGCGACAAAGCGUUUUCCACGUCCAGCGCAUUGAACACACAUAAACGCAUCCAUAGCGGCGAGCGACCACACGCAUGUCCAAUUUGCGGCAAAACGUUUACAGCCAGUUCGAACCUGUACUACCAUAGAAUGACACAUUCCAAAGUAAAACCACAUAAAUGUAAUGCAUGCGACAAGUCCUACCCAACUCCGGGGAACUUGCGUGCCCACAUGUCAUCACAUUCUGGUGAAUGGACGUACAACUGCAAAACUUGUGGCCGAGGUUUUGGAAAAAAAAUCAACGUGGAAAGGCAUGCCAAGACAUGCCACAGAUAAACCAAAACGUAACGGCAAUA